AUGUCUGACGUUGAAGAAGUCGUUGAAGUUCAAGAAGAAGUUGUUGAACAAACCGCUGAAGUUUCUAUUGAAGAUGCUUUGAAGGUUGUCUUGAGAACCGCUUUGGUCCACGAUGGUUUGGCCAGAGGUUUGAGAGAAUCCACCAAGGCUUUGACCAGACACGAAGCUCAAUUGGUUGUCUUGGUCUCCUCUGUCACCGAAGACAACAUCAUCAAGUUAGUCGAAGGUUUGGCUAACGACCCAAACAACAAGGUUCCAUUGAUCAAGGUUGCUGACGCUAAGCAAUUGGGUGAAUGGGCUGGUCUAGGUAAGAUCGACCGUGACGGUAACGCCAGAAAGGUUGUCGGUGCCUCCGUUGUUGUUGUCAAGAAGUGGGGUGCUGAAACUGAUGAACGUAACAUGAUCUUGGAACACUUCUCCCAACAAUAA